CUCACCACAUUGAAUUGAAAAGCAAGAACGGUUGAGGGUUGAAGGAGCACUAGACUCCAGAGUGCAAGUAAAAAUAUCAAGCAAAAUCAGAACUUUCAAGUUCUAAGUUUAUCAUGUAUCAAACAACAAACCAGCAAAAAUCAACCGAUGAAAAAACACCCCUGGAGGUUGACCAUGAAGAACAGCAGGAUAAAGUACAAGAAACUACGUGUCAGCACGCAUUUUACACGCGCCCUUCCGGGGGACAUACUCUAUGGUUUCGGAGAAAUCCCUGUGGAACAACACAUCAGGUUCCUAACCCUGAAGAUGGAUCAGCUCCAAGAGUUUUGCCUGCGAAUUCUACAUCUUCCACUGCUGAAACCAGAAUUUCGGCCGUCCUUAACAGUGAAGGUGGAUCUCAAAGUGUUACAGCGCCAACUACGUCUACAUCUUCUACCACCUCCACACAAAGCCGGUUGAAAAUUCAAACUAACAUUGUGGCUGUUACAUCUGAAGCACCAACAACAGAAGAUGCUGAGGUCAAUAACUCAAAUGUGAGAACUGGACAAGAGACUUUGAAGGUUGUAACUACUACACCAGCAGCUGAGAAUGCUACGCUUGAUAGCUCAAAUGUGGGAUCUGGUGGAUGCCCACCUGUUGGAAUUACAGCACCAACAAUUGAAGAUGUUGCGGCCCAGAACUCAAAUGUUAAGACUGAAGCUACACCGAAAACUGAAGAUGUUGCGGCCAAUAACUCAAAUGUUGGAACCCAAACACUAGCAACUGAAAAUGCUUCGCUUGAUAGCUCAAAUGUUGUCAUUGAAAAUCCAAUAGUUGAAAACGGUGCGCCAGAUAACCCAAAUGUUGAAACUGGAGUACCAGCAAGUGAAGAAGUUGUGCCCAAUAACCCAAAUACGAGACGGAGACAUUCAAGAAGAGUCACCGAUGAGAGCAGUCAAAAUUUUGAUACUGAAGGAUCGACGGAUGACGUUACCAGCACGUUAACAAAAAUGCUUUACGAAAAUGUUUCCCGUGAGAAUAAUGCUGGAAAGAUGGAGGAAAAAGAGGUCAAAGGCAAGUCCCAGAGUGCGUCCGUUAAGUGUUGGUUUUGCUUUUGCUACGCGGAGGGAUAAGAAAGAAUACCAUUGCCCGUUGCAGUUUGGAGGAAUUGUUGGUUUUCAGUUCCAAGACUCUUUUUCUCACUAAAGAUUUUGUGGGUUUUUGAUCAAAUUCAUUGGAGUUUUUUUUUUUUUUUU